CAGGAGAAGGAGGAGGAGGAGGAGUCUGUUUGUUGACAUCGGACGAAAACGAAAAGCAGAUGAGUGAAGACUUGUGGAAAAAAAUAAAAUUAAUCGCCCUCAUCAAGACACCUAGCCUUGGCGAAAGCUAAGAGAAGGAGAGGCUAACAUGGCAGCAAAAGCAGGAGACAACCCUGACAGCCUCAUGACUCUGGCUACAGCCUUCUGUCUGAGGAACCUCAGGAAGACCAUGUGCUACCAGGGAUACAGGAACAAACUCUGCCUGCGCUCGGACAUCUUCCUGCCCAGCGAGAUCUGUGACAAGCUCUUCAAUACAUAUAUGGAGCUGGUUCACACAGACAGUAACUUUGAACGACAGGAGAGCUUCUUCCAGCUGUUCUCAGACCCCCGAAGCACCAGACUGACGAGGGUACAGUUGAGAGAGGACUUCAUGCGUGACAGGGAUCUGGAAGCCAUCAGAAAACAGGACCUGAUUGAGCUCCACCUCACCUACUGCAACGGCCUAUCAGCACGCAGCUUGAAAACGCUGACCUGCUUCCGCGAGACCUUGGUCUCUCUUUGCCUCUUUGGCUGCAGCCACAUCUUCUACAGGAAGGGCGCCGCUCCACUCGCCAGCACUGAAGAUAGCGAGGAAGAUGAGGAGGAGGGCCCUGCCUCCAGGCAUGCGUUAGAGAGAGACUUCAACUUCCAGGGGUUCAACCGCCUCAGGUUGCUAAAACUGGGAGGGCUACCAGAAGAGGUGGAUGCUGAGACCCUUCUCAAACCCUUGCAGGCCCUCACCUCACUAGACCUGUCUGGUGUACAGUUGCCAAGAACAGCUUUUUUGACCCAGUGGAAAGACAGACUGGCCUCUCUUGUUCUCUACAAUGUGGACCUUUCAGAGGAGUUGGUCAAUACUGUGGUGGAGCUGGGCAAUCUCAGGCAUCUUGAUAUCUCCAGGGAGAGCAGACGCGCCUCUAAAUUCAAGAUGACCAGGAAAAUCCUCACGGCCAUUGUACAGCGACUGGUCAACCUGGUGUCACUGGACAUCUCAGGUCACAUCAUGCUGGACAACUGCACGGUUCCACACUUGGAAGAUGCUAUGGGACGUCCAAGCAUUGAACCCUGCAAGAGCAGCAUCUAUCCUUUCCAGGAGCUGAAGAGGCCCUUACAGUUUCUGGGUUUAUAUGACACCACCCUUUGUAAUGUGACACACAUCCCUGCAUAUAAGGUGACUGGUUCCAAGAAUGAAGACCAGGUCCUGAAUGCCAUUGAAGCUUACACAGAGUUUCGGCCUGAGCUGGCCCACCGAGCCAUCAAUCAGCUGUUUGACAUUGCCAGGAUACAGCACUGCAGCCAGCUGCUAAGAGCUCUGCAGCUUGUGAUAGCAGCUUUGAAGUGCCACAAAUAUGAUAAGAGCAUCCAGGUGACAGGCAGCGCUGCCCUUUUCUACCUGACCAACACAGAGUACCGCAGUGACCAGAGUGUGCGGCUGCGCCGAGAGGUCAUUCAUGUGGUGCUAAAUGGAAUGGAACAGUACCAGGAGGUCACUGUUCAGAGGAACUGCUGCUUGACGCUGUGUAACUUCAGUAUCCCAGAGGAGCUGGAGUUCCAGUACAGUCGUGUCAACCUGCUGCUGCUGAAAAUCCUGGAGCCAGCCCGGCAAGAUGAGUCUAUCCAGCGAAUUGCUGUGCACCUCUGCAAUGCCUUGGUCUGCCAGGUGGACAACCAUCACAAAGAAGCUGUGGGAAGGAUGGGCUUUGUCAAGACAAUGUUGAAUUUAAUUCAGAAGAAGCUACAAGACAGAAUGUGUGACCAGGUGAUGGAGUUUUCCUGGAGUGCCUUGUGGAACAUCACCGACGAGACGCCCGACAACUGUCAGAUGUUUCUCAACUGUCGGGGCAUGAGCCUCUUCCUGGAGUGUUUAGAGGAGUUUCCAGACAAACAAGAGCUCCACCGGAACAUGCUGGGGCUUCUGGGAAAUGUAGCAGAGGUCAAAGCUCUGAGGCCACAGCUGCUCACCCCGCAGUUCAUCACUGUAUUCAGUAACCUGCUUGACAGUAAGGCAGAUGGGAUCGAGGUGUCGUACAACGCGUGUGGGGUCCUGUCACACAUCAUGUUUGACGGGCCGGAGGUCUGGUCCAUGGAGGAGCCACGAAGAGACAUGGUGAUGGACAAGAUGUGGGACGCCAUCCAAAGCUGGGACGUCAGCUCGCGUCGAAACAUAAAUUAUAGGUCGUUCGAGCCUAUCCUCCGACUCUUACCCCAGGGCAUCUCCCCCGUCAGUCAGCACUGGGCUACAUGGGCUCUCUUCAACCUAGUAUCAGUUUACCCAAGCAAGUAUUGUCCCUUGCUGAUAAAGGAAGGAGGAAUAACCCUCUUGGAGAAAGUUCUGGAGCUGGACAGCUCCCAGGAGGAGACCAAGGACAUGGCAAGGAAAGUAAUGCAGCAAUGUGAAAACUUCAAAGAAGACCCCAUGGAAAUAAAUCAUGGACAAGAGGUAAACCAUGGACAAAGAGGUUGACAGCACAGGAGCGAUAUUUUCCAGCAAACAUAAAGCAGACUGAGAUACGACCCUUUCUGCUGUCAUCACCACAAGGGUCAAUCAGUUGUGUGCAUUUUAUUUUCCCGUAGAGCAGAACUUUGUCUCUGGCCUCCUUCAAGGUGAUUUGGACAGAACCUUAACAUGUGACACUUAGGAGUUAAGACGUGGUGCAUGGUGUUUUUGUGAGGGUGCUUACUUUUGCUGCACAUGAGCAUCUCUUCAUUUGGGAGGAACGUGUGGGGGUGGGUGAUUGUGUUUUUCUGUGUGUAUGUGUGUGUGUGUAUUAAAGAGAUAAUGGCAGAACAAAACGUUUGGAGUGAACGCUUGAUUGUCAAUGAAAGGAAGCAAAAACGGAUUUUUUUUCUUCGUCUCACUACCGUUAACUGUGUAAUAUCGGAUCAAAGGCUAAAUCCUGUUUAGUCUGGUACGCCAUCAUCAGAGGUUGCCGCCACUCCAACAUGCUCUCUCAGACUUGGUUGUGCUUCUGGUCAGGAUUUGCAGGGCACUGAGCUGUGGACAGUUGUACAGUGAAAAUUAGCCCUUAUCUGUGGAGGCUGUAGAGGAGCGUCAUCAUGAUGUUGAUGGGAGGGAAGUCUUCCCAGAUUUUGUGGCACAAUGAUGGACCUCUUUGUUAUAUAUGUAAAUAUUCCAUGUCUUGUUUCAUCCUUUUACUGUGUGUGUUUUAUAACUGUAAACACUCAUGAUUUCUCUCUGUAUUUAAAUUUGUUUAGUUUUGACUGACACAUGGUCAGUGCUAAGAAACUAUAUACAGAAUACCCAGUUAUGUAAAUGUAGUCUUGCAAUCCUAAAUAUUCAUGGUUCCUCAAAGGAUAAUUUUGAUUUACUUCAGCCUUUCCUCUCUUUUUCAGUUAUCUGGCAUUGUACCUAAUUGAUUCUGUGGGCAAUCAUGUUACUGGCAGCAGCAUUAAGCUAGUGCUUAGAUAGCUGCUUCAGACACUUUGCAGUUUUGCAUCAACAGUGAGAAAUCACUUGAAAAGCACCCAAAACAUGUUAACACUGAGAUAUUGACAUUAUUAACAGAUGCCUGAAAAUACACAUUAAAAGUGAUCACAAACUCAA